CUCCUGGGGGAAGUAAAAAAAGAGGUCUACAGUCUUUUGAAAGAGCACAGCACAAACUUUAUCCUGAUCAAGAAAAUUAAUCUCAAGAGACCCCAAACGCUCCUUUUGAAAUAUUUCAAACACGCUUGAACAAGGUUUGUUUCUCUUACUUGAUUACUGUUUAUUCGGACAAAUUGAUAUCUUUGGGUUGCUGAAAAUCAUUGUGGUUUUUCGGAGGAUUAGAAAAUUAUUUGUCACAAGUUGAGUGUGAAUGGACCAGUGCAUAUUCAUCCAUGCACAAAAUUGCUGAAUUUAGAACGUUUUUCUUACAUAAUUACAUUUGCUUGCAUUUUCCCAGGAGUUUUUUAUUUGCUAUUAUUGUAGGCCGGAUUGAUAAAAAUUUGCCCGGGACAAAAAAUUAGCCAGUCCGCCCCUGAAAAUAGACAUCUUUUUAUUUAUUUUUUUUGCACAUAGGAGCAAGCAAAUGAAACGCAACAUAUAGACCAAAUACAGAGGUGGAGGGUCAGAAGUUAUAACUUCCUGAUCGCAAAAAAGUCGGCAUAAAAUCAACUGCAGUGCUUUUAAAGAGAAGACCCUUUCUUGCGUAUUUGAAUGACGAAAGUUACAAUAUUAUGACGACAACAUUUUACUAAUAGAAAUGAGAGAAAUGAAAAAGAACUUCGCCUUACCGUUAUCCACACCCAAUGAGUUGAAAAACUGUAGCGCUUAGUAAUGUUGAUGGAAUUUUUACGAAUAAAGCGGAGUUUGAAAUCCUUAUCAUUAAUCCACAAAAAAGACUGGAUCGAGCAACCUCUAUUAGGCGCCAUUACAAAGGCCACCCAAAAGUCAAAGGUCAAGCACAUUUCAUGGGAAAUCCAAAUCUGUUAGGGACAGCGAUGGCUAAUCAUGGAACACAGCGUUGCGCUUUUGGUUUUAAUAAGAGAAGAAAGCUGAAAAUAGACGCCGAAUUAUUCAGAAGUGAUGGCGAUGGAAGUUCAGAUGAAAAAUUCAAAAUAAAUAACAAAUUGCCAAGAACUUUUCACUCGUUUCAAAUUGAUUAUGGUAAAAUACAGAGAUGUACAAUGAAUGGGCCGCGAGGAGUGGAUUCAUAGCAAGAAUUCCAGAAUUUGCUCCGACCACUUCAAGGAAGAAAUGAUUGACCGAUCAGCCAAUAAUUUAUGCAGAACAUUUAAAACAGGUUUCUAAUUGAUUAUGGUAAAAUACAGAGAUGUACAAUGAAUGCGCCGCGAGAACUAGAUUCAUAGCAAGAAUUUCAGAAUUUGCUCUGACCACUUCAAGGAAGAAAUCAUUGACCGAGCAGCAAAUAAUUUAGAGUUGAAAUUCAAUGCUGUACCAACGAUGUUCAAAAUUUUGCAGGACAUUUAAAACAGAAGUUCUUGAAGACGCAGUUUAUAUCCUUUGUUGACAAAGAAGCUAUUGAAGGCUUGGGCUUUCGGUGCAGAAAUCUUCAACGAGACUUGGGGAUGCAAGCAAUCCAGAUUCAAGUGAUUGAAGGUCCUUGUGUUGCUCGUCAAAAGGAUCACAAUUUCACUCUUAUUACAAUGGAGUACCAAAGCGACGAUAUGGUAGGAAAUAACGCUAGAGAGAUAAGAUUGAGGAGGAGUGGGUAUAUCCUAAGGUCAAUGAGAUCAGUAAAUCGGAGGAUGCGGGAACUAACAAACAUGUUCCCCGAAGCGGCAACAACAUCCGAUGAUACAGACAUUGAGGAGGAGCACAGCAGGGAGGAGACGAAUGCGAGCGGAGGAGGAGGAGGAGACGAAUGCGAGCGGCAACCCUCCUAGGAACACUGAGGAUGGAGGUGGAGGAGCGGUCACAACAAGCGCAAUCACCGGAAUCAACGCCACCCCCCACAUCACCAGAAUCAACGCCGCGCCAUUAAACGAAAGUCAUUAAUCAUAUUUGCUAAGUAAUAACUCAAUAUAACACUUGUCUUCAAAUUUAUGCGAUAUAUCUUCCAAUGUUUCCCAAUCAAAAAUUUGUAAAGUUAAUUUGUAUGUGUGUAAAUUUGUAAUGUCUUUUUCUCAGAUGUUAUUACUGUGUGUGUUGGUGGGUUCACCUUCCUAACUACCCUGUCAUUCUCGAGAAUUGCCAAGUCUAAUAAUGGAACACUGUUUUUACUGAAUAAAAGAUCAGUAAAAUAUUUUGCAAUGACACUUUUAUUUAUUUCUUUCUUUGGAAAUAAAAUGCAUCCAAUCAUACUACAUUUUGCAACAUUUGUUAUAGAGUUUGGUAAAUUCAAACUUCUUCUAUUUAAAGUUAAACAAAUUUUAUUACUCAUAUUACUGGUCUUAUCUUCACAGUAAUCGAGGUCUCUCCAAUAUAUUGCUUUGGUGAAUAGAAUGAUGGUAGUUUUAUAGGGCUGUCUUCAUCAUCCGUUAACUUGAUUGAGAUAUGUUGAAAUUGAAGGUUUUCUAUUGGUGUAAAUAUGAUGCUCUUCGGUUCAAAAUAUUUCACAUAUGUGUCAACUUGUGUAUCAUAAAAUGCAAACUUUCGCAGAACUCUCUUCUUAUCAAGACCUGCUAGGUAGUUAUUUUCCAAAAUGUCACAUUUCACAUUGAUAGCUGAUUCUGGAAUAAUGUUUAUGCCAUCCUUUAUUCUUCGAGCACAAUUAAUUUUAGUAUAUUGCACCGAUUGAUUGUUUGUUUCCUUUUUAUAUAAAUACAAUGUCAUGAUUUGACUGGGAAAAUAUUAUCGUGUAAUUGGUAUUUAGGAACUUUAAUCACACCAAGAUUAAGCUUCUUUUCAGGGGGUGGUGAAUCUUCGCAUUCGCUGUUGAAAUUCGGACACACCAGGAAUUGAGUGACAAUUCUCUAAUUAAAGACACUCUAAUAAACACCUUGAAGACUGACAGAGUGCAGACAUGGAUAAAAAAUAAUAGUGGCGUCGAGAGACUGUGUAAAUUUAUUGUGGAUGGGAGAACCCCUCAUGACCGAGAAGAAAUCAGACACUUGUGCAAACUCUUUCUGCUAAUCUCCAUCAGUAGUUCAAUUGUUGUCACAAUAUUUAGCCAUGUUGGUUUUAUUUUACUUCAAAGAUUUAUGAAGUAAAUAAAAUCUGUCUCAGAAAUGUUACUGUCUUUUUAUGUGAAACCUCUAUAUCUACUGCGCAUGCGCAAAACACCUGAAAUCUCAAAACCUUUUUAAUCUCAAAAACACCUCCUCAUCCUACACAACUUCCCCCCUACACAGUGACCUCCUACGCAUUCACCUCCUCCUGCAAAUCACCCUGCUGCGCAGUGCCAGCUGAGUUGAUAUCCUCGUAUAUUCACCUACUUAUAAAGCCAUGUUAAAAAUUGAUACACAGAAUCCUAACGAUUCCUUGGGCUUAAAAAGAGACGGCAACCCCUUCUAUCCAAGAGUCGAUGUCAAAUGAUGCCACCUAGGAGUUGAACCCAGCCAUCAUAUAUAACCAUGUUAAAAAUUUAUAAACAGAAUCCUACCGAUUCCUUGUGAUUAUAGAGAGACAGAAACCCCUUCUAUACAAGUUCCCAUCGCAAAUGAUGCCACCUAGAAAGUUGUACCCAGCCACAAUAUAUAACCAUGUUAAAAAUUGAUAUACAAAAUCCUACCGAUUCCAUUUGUUUAUAAAGAGACCAAAACCCCUUCUACACAAGUUCCCAUGGCAAAUGAUGCCACCUAGGAAGUUGUACCCAGCCACCCUAUAUAAACAUGUUCAAAAAUUUAUGCACACAGAUUUAGCGAUUCCUUGUGGUUAUAGAGAAAAGGAAACCCUUUGUAACCAUGUGCCCAUGGCAAAUGAUGCCACCUAGGAAGUUGUACCCAGCAAUCACAAAUAACCAUGUUAAAAAUUUAUGCACAGAAUCCUAGCGAUUCCUUGUGCUUAUAGAGAGACGGCAACCCCUUCUAUCCAAGUGGCCAUGGCAAAUGAUGCCACCUAGGAAGUUGUACCUAGCAACAACAAAUAACAAUGUUGAAACUUUAUACCUAGAAUCCUACCGAUUCUUUGUGCUUAUAGAGAGACGGAAACCCAUGGCAAAUGAUGCCACCUAGGAAGUUGUACCCAGCCACCAUAUAUAACCAUGUUUAAAGUUAUACACAUAAUCCUACCUAUUCCUUGUGCUUAGAGAGAGACGGCAAUCACAUCAUCGGAAUUUCUUGCCAUAUUGACAGGACAGGUUCUAGCAGCCCUGCUGAACCCAACUUCCAUCCAUGAGAUAAAGGAGAUGGAGGAGGCUUUUCUUUGUGAAAUUGUCUCCAAAUGUAAGAUUGAUAAUUUGCUCUUCGGUAAUGUUGUGCCAGUGAAUCCUCAGCAGGUGGAAGCCUCUCUGUAUUCUUCCUCUUCAUUAAACGCCAUUUUGAGGAUCUUGCUGCUGGAAGCGAUUGGCUAGGAAGAUCGCGAUAGACACAUUUUAUGGUGAAUUUUGUUAACCUUUGCAUAAGCUCUGGACAUAGCUCAACCUGUAGUCCAAGAUCACAAAUUAAACUGGCAAACUCUGGAGUUCUUUUCACUUUCUCCAACACUGAGACUUUUCCGUGACCAAAGAAGCCAAUGAUUGCAUCUGCACCUGUGAAGGCAUCUAUUUGCACAAGGACUGAAGCUAGCUCUGAGGAGCAUAUUUUUGACAAUCAAACAGAUGGCCUUUCUGACAUAAGAGCAUUUGGCCAAAUUGCAACAACAUCUGUAUCACCACUGUCGAGUAUGAUCGGGUUUUGGCAUUGGGAGAGCAUUUUAGAGGCAUGAAAGAUGAGCCUUGUAUCAGCUUCGUGAUGAUGGCAUUCCAGUUCUGGACUCACAGCUGAGGUCUUCAAAUUAACGCAUUUUUCCCCCGGUUGUGUAAUAAAACUCUUGGUUUUUAUCCAACGCUAAUGACUUGAACUCUUUCCACAGAAGUUCUUGAAGACGCAGUUUAUAUCCUUUGUUGACAAAGAAGCUAUUGAAGGCUUGGGCUUUCGGUGCAGGUUGGUCGCAUUUAUUUGAUGCUUAAUAUCUUUGAUCGAAUUUGAGACAUCAUAGCGGUCAUUGAUGAAAUGAAAUGUUGAUGCGUGACGUGACAGCGCUAUUCCAAACAUCUCGGCAGCAUAAUCAGCCCAAGUGAAACUUUGACCAUCUUCUUUGCCUCUAUCCUCUUGAGUUGGAAUUGCUAAGCGCCAGUAAAAACCCAUGUUAAGAAGAGCUAUCUGUGUGUCAGACAAUACUUCUCGUUUGACGUCUUCAAGGAUGAGCACAUCCACUAACUUUGCUUUGACUGCUUUGCGUAGAGUACUUUUCACGUUGAAAAGAGCUAGUGGCACCUCUGUCAAGCGAUAAUGCAUGAUUCUUAUGAGAUCUAAUUGAGCCUUCUGUGCCAACAUGACCAGUUCCACCAUUGCUUUAUUUUCCAUCACACUGGCUUUCAUUUGGUUUGCAGAGGCUGUGCCUUUUGGUUUCUCUUGUGUGAUGAAAUUGCAAAGACCAUUUUUCUUUAUUUUAUAUGUAUUGGCCUUUCUGUUGAGAAAAUGUUUUCUUUCAAAAAAUAUUUAUUUGUUUUUCACCUUCUUUGUAUGUACUUGAGAAAUCUUCAACGAGACUUGGGGAUGCAAGCAAUCCAGAUUCAAGUGAUUGAAGGUCCUUGUGUUGCUCGUCAAAAGGAUCACAAUUUCACUCUUGUAAGCAUCAGCUGAGAUCUUGUACAAGCUUCUCGUCAAACCUUAAAUUAACUGGAGAGUUUUCGGAAUGGCUGCAAUUCUUUCCUUUAAUGCUCGCAGCAGCGUGGAGAGCCUGGCGUGUUGACUCUAUCUUGCUAAUCGUUUGUGUGUGUGUGUAUAACAUGCUCUCGUUUUUGGUAAACCCAACCCACCCGGAUUGUCAUCUCUAUUCAUUUAUCAAAGGGCAAUGCGCUGAAUGGACGUCCACUGAUUGAUGGACAGAAAAUUAAUAUCAAAUUAUCUACAAGUAAAUAAUUUAAAUAACAACAAAUGAUUGAUUACCUGGAAAAG